AUGGCAUCAAAUAUUGUGUCCAGACAGCUCCGGGUGGCUUCCUGCCCCUUGGCAACCAUCAACGUAACUGCGCGGAUGGUACCAAGGCGGGUCUCAUGGCAAUCUGUAUUAUCGAUACCGAGUACACCUGCUUAUGGCCAUCAAAGGCUGCCAUAUCAUGCCACAAACCGGGCUCUCGCUCAGAAACAGUUAUCGCUGUUUGACAACAACAUCAAGCCGUCAGGAGAACAGCGGGCGUUCCCAUCUCCUCACCCAACCGCUGUCUACACCCCUCCCAAGUCCCUCUCCUUCCUUCCCAAGUCCUGGAUCCCCUAUGCCGAGCUGAUGCGCCUCGACAAGCCGAUUGGCACCUACUACCUCUUCUUCCCUUGUCUCUUCUCCACCCUGAUGGCCGCGCCCCUUGCCACGCCUAUGGCAACGCCGGCAUCCGUCCUAGGCACCACGGCCCUCUUCUUCACUGGCGCCCUCAUCAUGCGCGGUGCCGGCUGCACCAUCAACGACCUCUGGGACCGCAACCUGGACCCGCACGUCGAGCGCACGCGCCUGCGGCCCAUCGCCCGCGGCGCCGUCACCCCCUUUAAGGCGGUGGCCUUCACCGGCGCGCAGCUGCUGACGGGCCUGGCUGUGCUGCUGCAGUUCCCUGUGUCAUGCCUAUUCUAUGGUGUCCCUAGUCUGGUGCUCGUCACACUCUACCCGCUUGCCAAGCGCGUCACAUACUACCCGCAAGCCGUGCUCGGUCUGACCUUUUCCUGGGGUGCCAUCAUGGGCUUCCCGGCCCUGGGUGUUGACCUGCUCGCCAACGAGUGGGCCCUGGCCUCGGCCGCCCUGCUGUACUCGUCCAACAUCGCCUGGACCGUCCUGUACGACAUGAUCUACGCCCACAUGGAUGCCAAGGACGACGUCAAGGCCGGCAUCAAGAGUAUCGCGCUCAAGCAUUUCCACGAGACCAAGGAGGUUCUGGCCGGGCUGGCUGCUGCCCACACCAUCCUGCUGACGUGCGCCGGAAUGGCCGCCGACGCGGGCCCUGCCUUUUUCAUUCUCGGCUGCGGAGGUGGUUACCUCACACUGACAACCAUGAUUAAGAGGGUGAAUCUUAAAAACCCCAAGGAUUGUUGGCAUUGGUUCAUCCGAGGUUGCGGCUGGACUGGCGGUGCUAUCACGUUCGGUCUGUUUGUUGAUUACUGUUUGAGGUAUCGAGAGGAGCAAACGCUCAGAGAAGGGCAAGCUGCGGCGAAAUAA